AAGUCAAACAUCAAGCGCUGCGUGUAACGUUAUAAAUAACUGUGAUUUUGACUCUUUUGUGUUAUAUUUACGGUACAUGAAAGUUUUCUCGAUUUUUUGCUUUGGAUUCUUCAAGUCAUUCACAGUUUCAAAGCAAACGUGAAGAAAUGUAAGAAUAUCGUGUUUAAAUCAGAGUGUUCAGAUGUUGAGGAUGACGUCACGGGUGGAUGUGAUGUGCUGUAAAUCAGUAGGAACUGAUCUGUCCAUGCUGGAUAUUGAUGAUAUCAUCACAGAAAUCUGUAAGAUGAAGAAAGAGGUGGAGUUACUGGAGGAAAAGCUGAGAACAAGAGAUGAACUCAAGUCUGAGGAUGUGUCGGCGGUUUUGUGGAGUCAAUCUUCAGUGUGUGUGAGUUCAUUGCUGGACAAACUCUCUGAACAGAAAUCCAGCCUCACUUUACUCUGUUAUACUGACACAAACCCCACAGACGCUCAGGACACUGCGUGUGACAGUAAUCACACCUUGAAUCAGGAUGAAUCUACUGAUCAAACCUCCACAGAGUCUCUGGGUUCUGUCUGUAACGCUGGAGAACAGCAGAACCUGAACACCAUACCACUGAAGAUGUGUUCUGUCAAACUGAUGGACUGCAGGAAACUGAUCGAGAUGAAAACAGAACCCACACCAGAGAAAGAUCAAACUGAUGAAGAGGAGAAUCAUGAGGAUUUUGUUCCUUCAGUCAGUCUGGAAAUAAAAACAGAACCAAAAUCAGAGGAAGAACCGAAUGAAGAACAUGAGAAUGAUGAUUUUAUUCCUUCAGAUGAGAGGAUUGAUUCAUGUGUUGAUGGAGAAAUGGCCUCUACGUCAAAACAGCGACUGACAGCACAAACUCUUUCCCGCAUCACCUGUGGGAAGACAUUCAGUUCACAGAGACAUUUGAAGACACGUGAGAGAAAACACACAGAACAGAAACUCUUCACCUGCACCAGAUGUGACAUCAGCUUUCCUACCUCACAAGAGAAGAAACUUCAUUCACAAGAGCACAGAGACAAGAAACACUUUCACUGUGAGCAGUGUGGGAAGAAUUUUCUCUCGUCUUCUCGUCUGAAAGUUCAUGUGCGGACACACAGCGGUGAAAAGUCUUUGCACUGCAGUGAAUGUGACAAAUAUUUCAGCACCAAAGCAAAUCUUGUUCUUCAUCAGAGAAUUCACACUGGAGACAAACGCUGUGAGAAGAGAUUCGUAAGUCUUCAGACUCAUCAGAAGAAACAGGCUGAAGAACAAACUCAUCUAAAGUCACACAAAACAACACAUACCAAGGAGAAACUCUUUCAGUGUUCACACUGUGAGAAACGCUUCCGUCAUAAAGCUAAUCGGAUGAUUCAUGAGAGAACUCACACUGGAGAGAAACCUUACCAGUGCUCGAGCUGUGGAAAGAGCUUUGCUGAUCCAAGUGUUUUCAGAGUUCAUCUGAGAAUUCACACUGGAGAGAAACCUUACCAGUGCUCGAGCUGUGGAAAGAGCUUUGCUGAUCCAAGUGUUUUCAGAGUUCAUCUGAGAAUUCACACUGGAGAGAAACCUUAUCAUUGCCCUCACUGUGGAAAGAGCUUUCCUGAUCCAAGUACUUUAAGAGUUCAUCUAAGAAUUCACACCGAAGAGAAACCUUAUCAGUGCUCGAGCUGCGGUGAGAGAUUCGCUUAUUUAAGAAGUCUUCGGACCCAUCAAAAGAAACACAGUGAAAUGCAAUCUGAUAUAAAGUCACACAAAACGACACAUAUCGAGGAGAAACUCUUUCAGUGUUCACACUGUGAGAAACGCUUCCGUCAUGAAGCUUAUCGGAUAAUUCAUGAGAGAACUCAUACUGGAGAGAAACCUUACCAGUGCUCGAGCUGUGGAAAGAGCUUUACUGAUCAAAGUGCUUUAAGAGUUCAUCUGAGAAUUCACACUGGAGAGAAACCUUAUCAGUGCAGUGUUUGUGGAAAGGGUUUCACUCAUCAAAAUGACCUAGUAAAUCAUCAAAGAAUUCAUACAGGUGAAAGACCCUUUAAAUGUUCUCAUUGUGACAAUUCGUUCGCUCGAAUGAGUACCUUGAAAAACCACGAGAGAAUUCAUACUGGAGAGAAACCUUACCAGUGCUCGAGCUGUGGAAAGAGCUUUACUGAUCAAAGUGCUUUAAGAGUUCAUCUGAGAAUUCACACUGGAGAGAAACCUUACCAGUGUUCGAGCUGUGGAAAGAGCUUUACUGAUCAAAGUACUUUAAGAGUUCAUCUGAGAAUUCACACUGGACAGAGACCUUAUCAGUGCAGUGUUUGUGAAAAGGGUUUCACUCAACAAAUUGGCCUAGUAAAUCAUCAGAGAAUUCAUACAGGUGAAAGACCCUUUAAAUGUUCUCAUUGUGACACUUCGUUCGCUCGAAUGAGUGCCUUGAAAAACCACGAGAGAAUUCAUACUGGAGAGAAACCUUAUCAGUGCUCGAGCUGCGGAGAGAGAUUCAAUCAUUUAAGAAGUCUUCAGAAUCAUCAGAAGAAACACACUGAAGAUCAAACUGAUCUUAAGUCACACCGAACAACACAACUCUUAUCCUAACUCUUGUCCUAAUUUUACUCGCAGUAUUUUUCUGUGUAUUAUGUGCCAAGUGAAAUUAUUUUUUAUGUCUUUUCUCAUGUACGAAUUAAAAUGAAUCUGUUUUA